GUUGCUGUAACUCUGCGCUCGCUGAAUGUAUUCGAUAUAAACUUACAUUAUCGCCUCGCAGUAUUUUCGAUGGGGGGCUUAUUCGCGUAGACUAAAUCUGGAAUCGGUUUUGUUGAAAUUUUGAGUUGUGUAUUAGUUAAAUUUUGACGAGAAGUACAAUAUGCCAAGCCACCCGCUUCGCGUAGCGGUGGUGUGCUCGAGUAACCAGAACCGCAGCAUGGAAGCACACAACAUCCUCAGCAAGCGCGGUUUCGAUGUGCGAUCUUUCGGCACCGGAAGCCAUGUGAAACUCCCAGGACCCGCUCCAGACAAGCCUAAUGUGUAUGACUUCAAAACCACUUACGAACAGAUGUACAGCGAUCUGGUCCGAAAGGACAAGGAACUAUACACACAGAAUGGCAUCCUGCACAUGCUGGAGCGCAACAAGCGCAUCAAGACGAGACCUGAACGUUUCCAGAGCUGUAAGGACCAGUUUGACCUGGUCAUCACCUGCGAGGAGAGAGUGUACGACCAGGUUCUAGAGGACCUGAACUCCCGUGAACAGGAGACGUUCCAGCCGGUGCACGUCAUCAACGUGGACAUCCAGGACAACCACGAGGAGGCCACACUCGGGGCUUUCCUCAUCUGUGAGCUGUGUCAGUGUAUUCAGCACACUGAUGAUAUGGAAAAUGAUAUUGAUGAGCUGCUGCAGGAGUUUGAGGACAAAAGCAGCCGUCCAUUCCUCCACACAGUCUGCUUCUACUGAUUUCUGUUGCUCGCUCACUCCCUCUCUCACACGUACACACACCCCAUCCCAAGGCCCAGCUGGACUGGUCACACUGGCAUCAUUCUGAUCUCAGAGCUGCAGCACACACCGCCUUUAUGAAUAUAUCACACACACACACACACACACACACACACACACACACACACAUUCUAUUUCAUCCCUGAUAAUGCGUUGUUCCCUGCUCUGAGUCAGACACACAGUUCACACACACACACUCAUCUACAGGUAUUAAUUUUUGAAUGCAGGACAAACUUUUUUUUUUUUUUUUGAGAAUAUUUUUUUUAUAUUAAUUAUUAUUGCUCUAAGUAUGCUGAGUAAUACUUGUAAUAUUCAGGUUGUGUAGUUUGGAGAGGAUCAGCUGUGUGUGUGUGUGGAAGCAUCGACAUGUUCUUACUUGAAUAAUGAUGAUGAUGAUGAACCAGAAAAUGAGGUUUCCGAUGUAAUUUCUGUUUGUGUUUAUAGUUAUUUAAACAUUAUUAAGGAAACUUCAGGAUAUGUUAAUUGUUUUUGGAGGUUUUUUUUGUAAACUGUAAGCGAGUGUGAUUGUAAGUCCAGAGUGCCUGAACAUUUGUGUAAAUAGUGCACUUAAAA